AUUCAGUUUCGGAGUAUAAAACCGGUGGUUCCGUCACGCAGUCCCAAUUAUUCGCAUUCGGAUUUUAACGCCUGCUGGUGCGAUCUCAAGUGAUCCUUUGUCCGGUGAACAGCAUCCAGUGCUUUUUCCUUAUCAUUUCCUAAAGAACUCGUAAAAGAGCCAACGAACUGCCAAAAUGUGUGAUGAUGAUGCAGGAGCACUGGUGGUCGACAAUGGAUCCGGAAUGUGCAAGGCCGGAUUCGCCGGUGAUGACGCCCCACGUGCCGUCUUCCCGUCCAUCGUUGGCCGACCCCGGCACCAGGGUGUGAUGGUCGGUAUGGGUCAGAAGGAUGCCUACGUUGGUGACGAAGCCCAGUCCAAGCGUGGUAUUCUCACUCUGAAGUAUCCGAUAGAGCACGGUAUCAUCACGAACUGGGACGACAUGGAAAAAGUUUGGCAUCACACCUUCUACAACGAGCUGCGAGUAGCGCCGGAGGAACAUCCGGUUCUACUGACAGAGGCUCCGCUCAAUCCAAAGUCCAACCGUGAGAAAAUGACUCAGAUCAUGUUUGAGACGUUUGCCUCACCGGCCGUGUAUGUCGCCAUCCAGGCUGUGCUGUCCCUGUAUGCCUCCGGUCGUACCACUGGUGUAGUGCUGGAUUCAGGAGAUGGUGUUUCACACACGGUCCCAAUUUAUGAAGGAUAUGCCUUGCCACAUGCCAUUCUUCGCAUGGAUUUGGCCGGACGUGAUCUCACUGAUUACUUAAUGAAGAUCCUGACUGAACGCGGUUACUCUUUCACCACCACCGCUGAACGUGAAAUUGUCAGAGAUAUCAAGGAAAAGCUGUGUUACGUGGCUCUGGACUUUGAGCAGGAAAUGCAAGCCGCUGCUGCUACCUCAUCCUCAGAAAAGUCCUACGAACUUCCUGAUGGUCAAGUCAUCACCAUCGGAAACGAGCGUUUCCGUGCACCAGAAGCACUUUUCCAACCGUCCUUCCUCGGCAUGGAAGCUACCGGUGUUCACGAAACUGUAUACAGUUCUAUAAUGCGCUGCGAUGUUGACAUCCGUAAGGAUCUGUAUGCCAACAGUGUCUUAUCCGGUGGAACCACAAUGUAUCCAGGUAUUGCUGAUCGUAUGCAGAAGGAAAUCACCGCCCUGGCUCCGUCUACCAUCAAAAUCAAGAUCAUUGCACCACCGGAACGUAAAUACUCCGUCUGGAUCGGAGGUUCCAUUCUGGCUUCGCUGUCCACCUUCCAGACCAUGUGGAUUUCGAAACAGGAGUACGAUGAAGGUGGCCCAGGAAUCGUCCACCGCAAGUGCUUCUAAGUGCCACUGAGCCGCUCGAUAGCAUUAGAAAAACUGCCGCCGGAUGUGACGAAGACGAACGACCAACAAAUCUUUGAUUCAACAGCUACAGUCAAAUUGCAUGUUAUUCAAAUGCAAAUACCGCCAAUGCACAGCCUAAGACAAUCGGUUGCUUUCUCAGUUCAUGUAUCUAGUUGAGGAAGUUCAGGUACGCCCGCAAUAAUUCCAAUAAAGGAACAUCAUUUAUAAGUAACACCUGCUUUUGUUAGCAACAAACAUCUCCGUGAUUUACAAGUUUGGUGUUAUGACAAUUCUCUUUGAAAGACCUGCAAUUAGCACUGCCUUGUAAUAUCUACAUCUACUUUUACGUUUACCACGUUUUCAAUAAUAAAAUUUCUAGGAAAAUCA